ACCUUCAAGCCCUGCCGCCUCACCCAUCGUUAGGUUCACUCGGACCCUGACCCAGCCCAUGUGCCUGCUUCGCCUGGCCCAGCUGUUUUCCACCUGUGUGGCCUUCUCGCUGGUGGCCAGCGUGAAGGCGUGGUCGGGGUUCACGGGUAGCUGGUGCAUGUUCGCCUGGUGCUUCUGCUUCACCACGACCUUGUUCAUCAUCUUGGUGGAGUUUGGUGGGUUCCAGGCUCGCUUCCCACUGUCCUGGCGCAACUUCCCCAUCACCUUAGCCUGCUACGCCUCCCUCUUCUGCCUCUCGGCCUCUAUCAUCUACCCCACGAUCUACUUCAAGUUCAUGUUCCAAAGCCGCUCAAGUGACCAUGCCGUCGGCGCCACGGUCUUCUCCUGCACCGCCGGUGUGGCCUACGCCACCGAGGUGGCCUGGUCCCGGCCCCGGCCCGGCCAGGUCACCGUCUACAUGGCCACGCUGCCAGGCCUGCUCAAGGUGGUGGAGACCUUCGUGGCCUGCGUCAUCUUUGCCUUCAUCAGCGACCCCUACCUGAACAAGGGGAGGCCGGCCCUGGUGUGGUGCGUGCUGGUAUACGUCAUCUGCUUCCUCCUGGCCUCCGUGGCCGUCGUGCUGAACCUCAUCAACCGCACCAACAUCCUGCCCAUCCCCUUCCCCCGCUUCCUGUGGGGCCUGAACCUGCUCUCCAUCCUCUGCUACGCCUCGGCCAUGAUCCUCUGGCCUCUCUACCAGUUUGACGAGAGGUACGGAGGCUAUGCCGAGCGCUGGAAGGAUCCCUACUGCAGGUUGGGCCUGAGCCGCUACAUAUGCCCCUGGGACAGUAGCCUGGCUGUGGCCAUUUUGACGGGCAUCAACCUGCUGACUUACGUGGCCGACUGGGUGUACUCCUCCCGCCUGGUUUUCCUCAGGUCCUCCUGAGGCUCUGUCCGGGAGCCCCGAUUCCCUCUUCUUUCCACAGGUGUCUUUACCGAGUCGUGCUCUCCUCUGAUGUCCUCUUCCUGGGUCCCCUCUCCUCCUCGUUCCGCUCACUCUCUCCCUUUUCU